AUAGUCAUCACCCGGAUGGGCGCACCUCGCUUGCCCUAGCAAUUUUCGGGGCUGUGAUUUUUCGGCACCUGGUUUCCCCCAUGGUGGGUUUGAGUACCAUCGAGAGUCAGUUAUUUCGCUAGGUUCGUCACGACUAGAUGCACAAUGCCGCAUCGACGCCGCCGUCAGGCAGCCAAAUCAAAGCAGUCCACCGCAUUUGUGCGGGAAAAUUUCGAGUCGAAGGAAAUGGAAUCUGUCAAGGCAGUGGAACUACCGAAACCACCGGCCAUUGUGUCGUACGCGUUCGAGAAGGAAACCAUCAAUAAACAGAACACCUACAUCAAGGUGACGGAUCAUUUUAUGCCCGACGUUAGGCGCGUUCCGAUUGCAAUCAAGUUCUGGUCCAAGUACGACUCGACGACGGCCGAUGCGCAGAGCAAGCUGGAGAACAUCGACAAGUACUUUAAGCUGCUGGAGAAGAGCAUAUCGGAGGGACCAAGAGAGAAGUAUCAGGAGCCUAGAACGGAAAAUCAAAGCUAUGGCUGGCACUCGGAACCAUUCUACCUGCUUGGCCCAGAAGAAUGUCAUCUUCACUACCAUCCAAAGAAACGCCAGGAAAUAACGAUCAUUGGUGAGAAAAUCAACGCAGACAGGAUUACACAGAGGCCACGGUUCACCGGAGUUCCAUUCAAACUUCCCAGUUGA